UAGGCGUCGGAGCUGUGAGCGGAUUCUAGCUCUCUGGGCAGAAGCAUCUAGCCCGCAGCAGGACCGCAGCCUAGGCACAGGUCCCGGGAGGGCCCCGCCGCCCGGAGCCGAGAUGUGGAAUCCCCUUCACGAAACCGACUCGAUCUUUGUCGCUUGGCGUCGCCCACGCUGGCUCUGCGCUGGGGCUCUGGGGCUGGCCACCGGCCUCUUCUUCGUCGGCUUCCUUCUCGGAUGGUUUAUAAAAUCCUCCAACGAAGCUACUAACAUUGUGCCACAGCAUAAGAUGAAGAAGGCAUUUUUGGAUGAAUUGAAAGCUGAGAACAUCAGGAAGUUCUUAUAUAAUUUUACACGGAUUCCACAUUUAGCAGGAACAGAAGAAAACUUUCAGCUUGCAAAACAAAUUCAAUCCCAGUGGAAAGAAUUUGGCCUGGAUUCUGUUGAGUUAGCCCAUUAUGAUGUCCUGUUGUCCUAUCCAAAUAAGACUCAUCCCAACUACAUUUCAAUAAUUGAUGAAGAUGGAAAUGAGAUUUCAAAUUCAUCAUUAUUUGAACCACCUCCUCCAGGAUAUGAAAAUGUUUCAGAUGUUGUGCCACCUUUUAGUGCUUUCUCUCCACAAGGAAUGCCAGAGGGUGAUCUAGUGUAUGCUAACUAUGCACGGACUGAAGACUUCUUUAAACUAGAGCGGGACAUGAAAAUCAAUUGCUCUGGCAAGAUUGUGAUUGCCAGAUAUGGGAAAAUUUUCAGAGGAAAUAAGGUUAAAAACGCCCAGCUAGCGGGAGCCAAAGGAGUCAUUCUGUACUCAGAUCCUGCUGAUUACUUUGCUCCUGGGGUGGAAUCCUAUCCAGAUGGUUGGAAUCUUCCUGGAGGCGGUGUCCAGCGAGGAAAUAUUUUAAAUCUUAAUGGUGCAGGGGACCCUCUCACACCUGGUUACCCAGCAAAUGAAUAUGCUUAUAGACGUGAAAUCCCAGAGGCUGUUGGUCUUCCAAGUAUUCCCGUUCACCCAAUUGGAUACUUUGAUGCACAGAAGCUCCUGGAAAAAAUGGGUGGAUCAGCACCACCAGAUAGCUGGAAAGGAAGUCUCAAAGUGCCCUACAAUAUCGGACCUGGCUUUACCGGAAACUUUUCUACACAAAAAGUCAAGAUGCACAUCCAUUCUAACAAUAAAGUGACAAGAAUUUACAAUGUGAUCGGAACUCUCAGAGGAGCAGUGGAACCAGACAGAUACGUCAUUCUUGGAGGUCACCGUGACUCAUGGGUGUUUGGUGGCAUUGACCCUCAGAGUGGAGCAGCUGUUGUUCAUGAAAUUGUGAGGAGUUUUGGAAUGCUGAAAAAAGAAGGAUGGAGGCCUAGAAGAACAAUUUUGUUUGCAAGCUGGGAUGCAGAAGAAUUUGGUCUACUUGGUUCUACUGAGUGGGCAGAGGAUAAUUCCAGACUCCUUCAAGAGCGUGGUGUGGCCUAUGUUAAUGCUGAUUCUUCUAUAGAAGGAAACUACACUCUGAGAGUUGACUGUACUCCACUGAUGUACGGCUUGGUAUACAACCUAACAAAGGAGCUCCAAAGUCCUGAUGAAGGCUUUGAAGGCAGAUCUCUCUAUGAGAGCUGGAGUGAAAAAAAUCCUUCACCAGAGUUCAUCGGCAUGCCCAGGAUUAGCAAAUUGGGAUCCGGUAAUGAUUUUGAGGUGUUCUUCCAAAGACUUGGAAUUGCUUCAGGCAGAGCCCGGUAUACUAAAAAUUGGGCAAUAAACAAACUCAGCAGCUAUCCACUGUAUCACAGUGUCUAUGAAACAUAUGAGUUGGUGGAAAAGUUUUAUGAUCCAACUUUUAAGUAUCACCAUGCUGUGGCCCAGGUUCGAGGAGGGAUGAUAUUUGAACUAGCCACUUCCAUUGUGCUCCCUUUUGACUGUCGAGAUUAUGCUGUGGUGUUAAGAAAGUAUGCUGACAAAAUCUACAAUAUUUCAAUGAAACAUCCACAAGAAAUGGAAAGAUACGGUGUGUCAUUUGAUUCACUGUUUUCUGCAGUGAAGAAUUUUACAGAAAUUGCUUCUAAGUUCAAUGAGAGGCUCCAAGACUUGGACAAAAACAACCCAAUAUUGUUGAGAAUUAUGAAUGAUCAACUAAUGUUUCUGGAACGAGCAUUUAUUGAUCCUUUAGGGUUACCAGACAGGCCUUUCUAUAGGCAUGUCAUCUAUGCUCCAAGCAGCCACAACAAGUACGUGGGGGAGUCAUUUCCAGGAAUUUAUGAUGCUCUAUUUGAUAUUGAAAGCAAAGAGGAUCCUUCCAAGGCCUGGAGAGAAGUGAAGAGACAGAUUUCUAUCGCAGCCUUCACGGUGCAGGCUGCAGCAGGGACUCUGAGAGAAGUAGCAUAAGGCGUUUUUGUAGAGAACCCAUGUUGAGUUGGUGAUUCUUUCUGAGUCAUCAGAAAUCAUCGUGGGUGUAUUGAUAAACUAAAAAUUAAAGUUGUGUGUAUCUUACUAUUUUUUUCUUCUCAAAAAACAGAGAGUUGAUUUCUAUUCUAUAAUUACAGAAGGUUAUUCUGAAGUUGAACUACAUGUUAAAAUUAAAGACAGCCUAAUAUAUUAAAACUCUUAUGUGGCAUUACCAGGGAAUCGAGUUUAAUUCAGCAUUUCCAAACCUACUCCUGUCAUUUCACACAAAGAAAACGUCAGUGUGUGACAGAGCACAUGAGAAAAUUCACAGGGCUGCUGCAAGCCAGGGGCCUCAAGCCCUGCCUGGCCCCCAAGGCUGAGAGGAUACUAUCUUAGGACACUACUUGGACAACUCUGGUCUGAGCAAACUGCUAGUACAUAUAGUCCCUCUGUGCCAUAGAGAUAAUUACUUCUUUUAAAUUAGCAAAUAUUUAUACCAAAGGGUAUAUAUAACAUGUAUGUACAGUGAAAAAUAAUGAAGAAAUGAACAUUUAUAAUUCCCCCACCCCUACACACACACACCAACAACCAGAUGGAGAAAAGAAAUGUGACCGAUAUCUUUGGAUCCUCCAGGAACUGUUGACCAGUGUGCCUUUCUUGUCUGCCAGACAUACUCACUUUCUUGAAUUUUAUGUCAAUCUUGCCUAGUAUUUAUAAUUUUACCACACAUGGCUAGAUCCCUGGCAUGUUUUGGCUCUGUGUACUUUGUGAACUUUUUUAUAAAUAAAAUCAUACCAUGUGUA